AAGCAACCACUGCUGUGUUGAAAUAACAGCGGAUUCGCAUCUCGUCUUAAAGACAUAUCUUGACACUCCCGUUCAGCCUUCCCUUACCUAGUCUCCUUCCUUACAAAGGUCUACGACCAUGUUUGGGUGCAUUGCAGCUGGACGGUUGGUCCAAACAAACAUGCAACAAGUUGACUCGACAAAGUAUGUUUUCCAAUUAGAUGAUCCCCAAACAAUCAACCACAUUGUGGUGUUUAUGACAGGCGUGCAACCGUUUCCUCCCGGCUUUGCGGCGACGGUGCAUUUUUUAUGGCCAGUCCCAAAUCGCAGUCCUGAAUGGCAACUACUCGGCAUGCUUUCAAACGAGAAGCCUUCCGCAAUAUUCAAACUCGGAGGGAGCAAAUCUGUUGCGUCAACUGCAUUUAGCGGAUCUGAUGUGAUGAUGAAUGAUACCCUCGUGACACCGGGUGUGGCCGCUACGAUACCCGCUCAGCUGGGAAUAUCGGUUGAGCCAAUCGAAGUGGUGUUGGCUCAAGUAAGUCAACUGCAACCAUCGUCAUCGGGAUCCGCGACGUCGGGGGCCCUGAUGAAAAGUGUAGAUCCAGCCCAACUAGUAACAAAGAUUCUAGAAAAUUUCUACAAUCAUUGCAGCGGUUUUGCUGGAAAUUUGCCAUUAGGCGGUAAUGCGCUUUUUGGGAUGGAUUGGAGCACAACGUUUAUCCCUUUGAAAGCCGUGCAGGAUUGGUACAAUUCCAUGCAGCGAAAGUUAAAAUUGGAUCCCUCUGGAAAUAGUCUGUUUAAGAGUUGAUCAUUAUUGGGAUAAUAUUUGUAUGUACAUAUUGUUAUGUUGCAAUUUUGCAAAGAAAAAAAAAACUCUGUUUCCACUGAA